AUGCCGAAGUCAAAAGAACUUGUGUCUUCAAGCUCAUCUGCCAGUGAUUCAGAUAGUGAAGUUGACAAAAAGGCAAAGCGGAAAAAGCAAGUAGCUCCAGAAAAGCCUGUUAAGAAACAAAAGAGUGGUGAAAGUUCAAAAGGUGCAGCUUCUUCUAAGCAAAGCAGUAACAGAGAUGAGAAUAUGUUUCAGAUUGGCAAAAUGAGGUACGUCAGUGUUCGUGACUUUAAAGGAAAAGUCUUAAUUGAUAUUAGGGAAUAUUGGAUGGAUCAAGAAGGUGAAAUGAAGCCUGGCAGAAAAGGUAUUUCUUUAAAUCCAGAACAGUGGAACCAGCUGAAGGAACAGAUUUCUGAUAUUGAUGAUGCAGUGAAAAAACUGUAA